CGCGAACCUCCUCGUCCACUACCGGUAAGCUCACAGCGCACACAGUUUGUACGACACCAUGGGGCGCCUCGCGGAGAUGCAACGCAAGCUCUUAGAGCAAAUGAUGGGUCCCGAAGCCAUGGGCGUGGCCAACGCCAACCUGCAUUGGUCCGACGAGAAAGUAUGCAGAAACUUCUUAUGUGGUACAUGUCCGCAUACCCUAUUUACGAACACUAAAAUGGACCUCGGCGCCUGUCCGAAAUCGCACACGGAACGCCUGAAAACGGAGUUCCUCCAAGCGAAGGAGGCUAACCCGAACGAUCCCAUCUUCCAGAGAUUCCAGAUGGAAUACGAAGCAAAUAUAUUUGCCUUCGUCGAUGAAUGUGACCGCAGAAUUAGGGCCGCGCAUCGGCGGUUAGAGAAGACGCCCGAAGAGAAUGCAAAAACAACUAACCUGAUGAGAGAAAUCGCUGAAAUUGAACUAGCCAUUCAAGGAGGAACGGAGAAGAUUGAGACAUUGGGUGAGCAAGGCAAAGUAGACGAAUCGAUGCGGGAGAUGGCUGCCAUCGAGGCCUUGAAGAGUGAAAAGGCGGACAAAGAGCGCGAGCUACAACAGUUGACAGACACGUCAGGUGCAUCUGGGCACCAGAAGUUGCGCGUUUGCGAAGUCUGUGGAGCGUAUUUGUCCGUUCUGGACUCUGAUCGUCGUUUGGCCGACCACUUCGGUGGCAAAAUGCAUCUGGGUUAUUAUGAACUGCGGAAUAUGCUGAAGCAGUUCAAAGAAGAGCGGGAGAAACGUAAGAUGGGACCUCCUUCAAGCAUAUCAGCUGUCGGUCCUCCAGGUGCUGCUAGUGGCGGCCUGCCGUCAGCGGCCUCCGGACAACCACCGCGUACAGGUGCGGACCGAGACUACCGUUCAUCACGAGAUGACUAUCGAGAGCGGGACCGAGGAUAUGAUAGGCACUCAUCUUCGCGGCACGAUGAUCGACGUAGAGACCGGGAUCGUUCGCGGUCUCCGGGCAGAAGGAGAUAUUGAAGCCUUCGAUAUCGAGAUCUUGCAUCAUCGCGUUGUACAUAUGUACUGAAUGAUGGUAUUGGUCCUGCUGCCUUCAGCCUCUGAAUCCGGGUGUUUUCCUUACGCCUUGACUAGCAUGCCUUAGGUGAGGCGGGGAUCACGAUGCAUACGGGAGUUAUUAUGAGGUAUGAUUGGGCUGAACCAGUCCUGCGAAUGCGAUAAGCAGGAUUGGUGGGUAGAGGGUGUCUCAUCCGACUAUUUUUUGUAAGAGACAGGAUUCAAGUUGUGCAUGUCGGACACGACGUG